CGUAAACACCUAAUACGUUGUUGUUACCCUUACAUUGCAACGGGAUUUUACAGAACUAAAAUGCUGGUCCUCUUCGAAGUGACAUGGGCUUUACUGAAAAUAACAUGGUACAAUAUGGUUGGAGUUUGGCGUUGCUUCGUCGCACCUGCUAAGAAAUCGCUGGUAGGCGAAAUCGUGCUUAUAACUGGCGCUGGCAGUGGUAUUGGUCGUUUAAUGGCCAUUAAUUUCGCCAAACAGGGCUGUAAGCUGGUAAUAUGGGACAUCGACAAAGACGGCGGCGACAAGACAGCGGACCAGAUAACUGCACUAGGGGCUACGGCACACAGUUACCGGUGCGAUGUAACAAAUAAAGAUGAAGUUUACCGCCUUGCUGAACAAGUCAAGAAAGAUGUCGGCAGCGUAACCAUACUUGUAAAUAAUGCCGGAGUCGUGGCAGGAACGAACUUUUUGGAUUGUCCUGAUGAACUGAUAUUGAGGUCAAUGAACGUGAAUGCGAUUUCGAACUUUUGGACUGUCAAAGCAUUUGCACCAUCAAUGAUUGCCAAAAACCAUGGACAUAUUGUCACCAUCUCGAGUAUGGCAGGGACUGGUGGGACAGCAGGAAUGGUGGAAUACUGUGCCAGUAAAUUUGCGUCUGUUGGAUUUCAUGAAGCGUUAUACUGUGAGUUUGUUAAAGAGGGAUACGAUGGUGUUCACAUGACAUUGGUUCUUCCAUAUAAGAUUGACACUGGCAUGUUUGAUGGACUUGAAUUGAGGAGAGGGUUCUCGCCACCAGCACUGAGACCUGAGUAUGUUGCCGACAAGGUACUGCACGCUGUUCAAACUAACCAGAAAAUCUUAAUCAUGCCGAGAGAUUUGUACAUUGCUCCUUGGUUGAAAUCGUGGUUGUCUGUUGAUGCUGCCAUUGUGUUAGCUGAAUUAUCAGGUGCAUUGACAGCAAUGGAUACAUUUGUUGGAAGGAAGAAGAAGGAAACGUAGAUGAAGCAGAACAGAUAGCACAUUUGUAACAAGCAUAUAUAUUUAUAAAAUUCUAUGUGAUGUAUCCAUUAUGUGAAAUGUAGUUUUCUGUGAAAGAAAAAUUCAAAAAACAA